AUGGAUGAGAAAGAUGCUCAGAAGACGGCAUUCAUCACACCAUGGGGGGUGUAUCAUUAUCGGGUUAUGCCUUUUGGGCUCAAGAGUGCUGGCGCUACUUACAUAAGGGCAAUCACCGCCAUCUUUCAUGAUAUAAUGCAUAGAGAGAUUGAGGCAUAUGUGGAUGACGUCGUCAUCAAGUCCCGAGUGGGUAAUGAUCAUCUUGAGCAUUUGAGAAAAUUCUUCGAUAGACUUCGCAAAUACGAUUUAAAGUUAAAUCCUGCUAAGUACGCAUUUGGAGUGCCUGCCGAAAAGUUCGAGGACAAUGGGCCACCAAAAAAUGAGAAGAUCAUACCGUAUGUUGGACUUGUGCAAAGACCAGCAGAUCGGUUCCAAGAAGUCAAGUUCAAACAUAUACCAAGAACCAAGAAUGAGUUUGCUGAUGCAUUGGCGACAAUAGCAUCCAUGAUUCAACAUCCUGAUAGUAAAUACAUUGAUACUGUCAGAGUCGAAAUCAGAUAUCAACCAGCUCACUGUGCUUUUAUAGAAGCAGAGAUCGAUGGAAAACCUUGGUACGUUGACAUUAAAAUGUACUUGGAUAAAGGAGAAUAUCCUGAAGGAAUCACCAUCAAUCAAAAGAAGACUAUCAGGAAGUUAGCAAAUGGUUUCUUCCUCAAUAAUAAUGUUCUGUACAAAAGAACCCCGGAUCUGGGAUUGCUUAGAUGUGUUGACUCCGUCGAAGCUACAAGAUUGAUUGAAGAAGUGCAUGCUGGAACCUGUGGGGCUCACAUGAAUGGGUUCGUGCUAGUGAAGAAAAUCGUAAGAACAGGUUAUUACUGA